AUGGCCAUGGACCGCCAGAAGAAAAGGGAGCUUCGCGAUCUGAAUGAGAGAGCCUGGGCCGGUGAAACCGAUGUCUUCCCCGUCAGCAAGUCUCUCGACUCAGCCCUGAAGAAGAAUACCGCUUUCAUUAAACGUCUUCGCACUGGAAUCAGCGCAUCCGCACAGUCCACCUUCCUAUCCGAUAUCCGCACCCUUUCGCUGCACAAGUAUCUUUCCGAGAUCAUCUCCGCCUGCUAUGAAGGCCUAUGCAAGCUCAAGACACCCGGUGAGAUCGCCGUCGGCGUGGAGAUUAUCAGCGCGCUGCAUCAGCGAUUCGGUCCUGCGGAGUUUACUAGGCAGAUCGGUUGGUUGCUCGGCCGUGGCCUGAGCUCUCCGGACAAAGCGGCGCUCAAGAAUUUGACGGGUGAGCUACGCGAGCGCGAGGAGAAGGAACGGUUGUCGCGACACCGGGUUCUUCUGCGCAUUGUUACGGAGCUAUGGCUUGUCUGUGCGCUUAGAACGCUGGAUGACGUCGAGCGGCCGGAGGAUCUGGGCGCUAAGACUAAAGACAAUGUUUCUGGAAUCGCGGGCAAGUUGCCCGAUGCCCCGCUCAAGAGGCCUGCUGCUGCUUCAAAGGAGCAGGAUAAGCAAGCUGAACCGUUCCCGCUGGAGGUCUUGAAAGAGCUACUCGGACAUGACCGUGAUCAUACCAAUUUGCCGCUUGCAGUGCUUUUCGUCAAGAGUUUCAGCUGGGAUAUUCUCGGUGCGAAACUUGCUGAGGAUGGUAGAAGGACUGUGGAGGCUGAUGGCGCUACGACUACGACUGAGCAGGAGAAUACCGAGGGUGCUACUGAAGCAGCUGAAGCAGAUCCGCCUUUGACACCAGAAAAGACCCAGCAGCGUUUUAAGAAUAUUCUGAACAGGUACUUGGAUGAUGUGAAAGCGCACGUGGUUCGCGACCAGAAAGCGCUGGCAAGCCAGAGCCGCCGCAAUGCCGAGGCAUACGUCAAGAGUGGUGAAAUCUUUGAAGAUCGCCAGUCGAAUUUCGAGAAGCAGACCAAAUCGCUGGAGAAGCUUUUGGCCAAUACUCAGGUUCUCUGCGAGGCCCUGGGGGCCGAGAUGCCCGAUUUGGUUGAGAAGGAAACCGCUGAUGCAUCUUCGAGUGGAGGAAUCGGCCUUGUGAAGACCACAGAUUACCUUCGUGGACAGGGUGACGGCGCUGGUAUCUGGGAAGAUGAGGAAGAACGCCGUUUCUACGAGAACCUUGUUGACCUGAAAGGAAAAGUGCCUGCAGUUCUGCUUGAAGAUGGCAAGAAAAAGAAGGGCGACACUGAAGAGUCCACAAAGAAGAAGUCUGAUGGCGAGAUCUCGGCUGAUACUGAGAAACCUGAAACAUCGGAGGAAAGGGCUGGCGCAGACGCAGACGAUCAAUCAACUGCCAUCGCGAGCAAGACUGUUGGUGCUCAAGUUGAUACUUUACUAGGCAAGCUUCCGGAGCUGCAAAGCAAAGACCAAGUGGAUCAGUUUGCCUUGGACUUUUGUUUCGUCAACUCGAAGGCGUCUCGCAACAGGCUGGUUAAGGCUGUCUCGGAUAUUCCCAAGGGACGCAUUGAUCUCUUGCCGUUGUAUUCGCGUUUGGUAGCCACUCUGGGGCAGUAUCUGCCAGAUAUUCCGCAGGGACUGACUACCUACCUGGACGAAGAAUUCCGGAGUCUCCAGCGACGCAAGGCCAAGGAGUUUCUAGGUCAAGUGCGCAUGGGAAAUGUGCGCUACCUGGCAGAACUGACAAAGUUUGGCGUGGUGCCAGAGCACAUCAUCUUCCACUGUUUCAAAGUCUCUCUUGACGAUUUCUCCCGGAUGAACAUCGAAAUCAUCGGCAACCUCCUGGAGAACUGCGGUCGUUACCUCUUGCGCAAUCCGGAGACUGCACCGAGAAUGGCGUCUUUCCUGGAGACGCUGAGUCGGAAGAAGGCCGUUCAGCACUUGGCGCAGAAUGAGCGCAUGGUCAUUGAGAAUGCUAUCUACUAUGUCGACCCGCCGCCGAGGCCCGCCAUCCAGCAGAAAGAACGCACUCCGAUGGAGCAGUACAUUCGCCGACUAAUCUACCUGGACAUGAACAAGCGCAACUACACCAAGAUCCUGAAGACCGUCCGCAAGCUCCACUGGGAGGAGCAGGAGGUUGUUGAAAUUCUGGAGCAUGUUUUCAGCAAGCCGGUCAAGGUGAAAUAUGGCAGCAUCCAUCUUCUGGCAAUUCUUGUCAGCGCUCUCUACCGUUAUCAUCAGGACUUUGUGAUCGGUAUUGUCGACAACGUCCUGGAGCAAGUCAUCUUGGGCCUGGAGCUGAACGACUUCAAGUUCAACCAGAAGCGCAUUGCCGAAGUAAAAUAUCUGGGUGAGCUUUACAACUACAAGAUGAUUGAUUCUCCUGUCAUUUUUGAUACUCUGUACCGCAUUAUUACUUUCGGCCACGAAGGUGGCACCCCAGUUCCCGGAAGAAUCAGCAUGUUAGAUCUUCCCGAUGACUUUUUCCGAGUUCGUCUGGCCUGCACUCUGCUCGAUACCUGCGGCCACUGCUUCGAUCGAGGAUCCGCGAAGAAGAAGCUGGAUUUCUUCCUUACUUUCUUCCAGUACUACCUCUUCACCAAGGAUCCAAUGCCCAUGGACGUGGAUUUCCUAGUCCAAGAUACUUUCUCUUCCCUCCGACCCGCAUGGACGCUAGCUACCGAGCCCGAAGAGGCAACUCGUCUCUUCAGCGAGGCAGUGGCUCAAAAUUACAACUUGCCCGAGUCUGAGCGCCCCAUCGAGCCCGACGAAGAAGACCCAGAUAGUAGCUCCUCGGACGAGGAUUUGGAAGAUGAUGCGAUUCCCGAGAUCGAAGAGGAAGGUGAAUCAAGCGACGAAGCCGAGGCUGAAACAUCUGGACCCAACCCGGAGGGUGAAGACGAGAGCGACUUCGAAGACGAGCAGAUUGUUGUAACGCGCCAGGAAGAAGAGCGAGACCCUGCAGCUGAGGCCGAUUUCGAUCGAGAGUUCGAGAAGAUGAUGGCCGAGAGCGUGGACUCGAGACGCUUUGAGCGUAAGGCUGUCUUUGAUAUUCCUCUGCCAAUGAAGCGUCCUCCUCGCGAUGCUACAUUGGCCGAGUCCGCUGAAUCUGCCGAGGCUUCGUCUGAGGCUCCUACGCCCGUACCAGAACCGUUCGCGCCUAAGACCAUGGCGUUUUCUCUGAUGACAAAGAAGGGGAACAAGCAGCAGACUCGCACUAUCGACCUGCCAUCCGACUCAACGUUCGCUGUUGCUAUGCGCAGCCAGCAAGCGGCUGAUCGAGAAGAGCAGCAACGUAUCAAGAACCUAGUCCUGAACUACGAGGCAGCCAACGAACCCGAGCCUGCCGAGACCUUUGAGAAACGCAUGCCUACCAACCAGCGAGUCGACAAGUCCGCAGCCAACCGCACCGCCUUCCGGUCCCGCAAGCUCCAACUCAGCGACGUGAACUGGUAA